UUAUCAUUUACCUUCUUAAAGCGUCUAGAGAUGGCAACGGUUUUUGAUUAAGUGAGGGAAGUCAGCACUGCGUAUAUCUGAUACGGUGAAGAUAUAACGAUCUACGAACAGCAUGCAAGCAGACCAAGGAGACAAUAUACCAACGUUUAAAUGUGUGCUUGUGGGAGAUGGUGGUACAGGAAAAACUACAUUUGUGAAGAGGCAUUUAACUGGAGAAUUCGAAAAAAAAUAUGUUGCCACCUUAGGAGUUGAGGUGCAUCCUCUUGUUUUUCACACAAAUCGUGGUCCUAUCAGAUUUAAUGUUUGGGACACUGCUGGACAAGAGAAAUUUGGUGGCCUAAGAGAUGGUUAUUAUAUACAAGGACAGUGUGCUAUUAUUAUGUUUGAUGUUACUUCACGUGUUACUUACAAGAAUGUUCCAAAUUGGCAUCGUGAUUUGGUUCGUGUGUGUGAAAACAUUCCAAUUGUACUCUGUGGUAAUAAAGUUGAUGUCAAAGACAGGAAAGUUAAAGCUAAAGCAAUUGUUUUCCAUAGGAAAAAGAAUCUUCAGUAUUAUGAUAUCAGUGCCAAAAGUAAUUACAAUUUUGAAAAACCCUUCUUGUGGCUGGCUAGAAAGUUAAUUGGUGAUCCCAACUUAGAAUUUGUUGCUAUGCCAGCUCUUGCACCUCCUGAAGUACAGAUGGAUCCUGAAUGGCAAGCUAAAUUAGAAAAUGACAUGAGGGAAGCUCAAAACACAUCACUACCUGAUGAAGAUGAUGAUGAUCUGUAACUUGUUAGUUUCUACAGCUCCAUCCAUUUGUAUACAUCUUCCUUUUAUUUAUGUAAAUUUUUUGAACUUGUACAGUUAACUGCUCAUGUGAACCGAAAUGCUUGUAUUUUGUUUGUGUGUAUCUUUUGUCUAAGCCUACCUGUUGAACUAUUUUUAAACAUUAAAAGAAAGUUUCACAUACAAUCUGUGAUAACAAGGUAGAAUUCAAAAUUCUGAAUUUUUGAGAAAUGUGCCUAUAAAAACCCAUUAUCAUUGUUGACUGUCAUACGCACUGAAAGAACUCGAUAGUUUUCUAUAUAGAUGUGCCCUUGCCUAGUCUGUCUUGUAAAGAGCACCUUUAAAAAGAUGGGCCUUUCAGACAACCAUACAUUUCAGUCCCCCAAGAGGAACAAACCUUAAUGCUACCAGCUUUCAUUUAGUGCUUUAAUUAACAUACUCAUUCAUUUUUUUUAUUUUUGUUUAGAUUGUGGCAAACAUUUAGAUUAUUCAUUUCAUGAUUUUAUAUUUGUAUGAAUGUUAAAACUGCUUAGAUUUUGAAUGAGAGUGAUUUUCUUUUUUUUUUUUUUUUUUUUUUUUUUGUGUAAGACACCUGUUUAAAUAUGACAUUUUAUGCUGAAUAUUUUUUAAUUUAGAUAAAUUUUAAUAAAAUGAAUUCAUUGAGAUUUGUUAAACAUCAAAUUACUUUGAUCAAUAUAAUAAAACAACUAUCUUACUGCUGUGUAGUAAAAGCCAUUUGAAGAAUUCUGAAUAUUUUAAUUCCAUAUUUGAUUUAUUAAAGAUCUUAAUGUGCUUGGAUAAAAUGAAUUUUCAUUGGCGCUUCCCCAUUAAAUUACUUUAGCAAGGCCCCCUGUUGAUACAUCCACAGCUCAUUGAUAUAUCCAUAUUUGUGUGUAAAUCAUAUUUUAAGACAAUCCAUAUUAUUACUUAUUCAUUAUCAUUUGCUGUUUGUAUUUUGAUUUUUUUAAGAAGUUUUAAAGAACAAACAUUUGGUUCAAUUUCCUUGAUAUUAUUAAUGGCAAUAUGUAAUAGCAUUCAGCAUUGUUUCUAAACAGUUUGAAAGGCAUUAAUUUUGUCUAUCAUUUAGUUAAAUAAUUUAACAAAACGGUGGAGUCUUGUUGAAUUUAAUAAAAAUGGAAUGUUUUGCUUUA